AUGGGCGAGAAAGCGUACGUGGUGUUCGGUUAUGGCUCGCUGAUCUUCAAGCCGCCACCCCAUGUCGUUGCUGAACAACCCGGAUUCCUGAAGGGCUACGUGCGCAGAUUCGCCCAGAAGUCGCAUGAUCACAGAGGGACGCCAGAGAGCCCUGGGAGAGUCGUCACGCUGGUGCACAAGGAGGACUGGGAUGCGUUCUCUGGGUCGGAUCCGUUUCCUAAUGACGACGUUGUCUGGGGUAUCGCAUACACUAUCGAUCCGCUGUACGAGUCUGAAGUCCGGGACUACCUAGACUAUCGAGAGAAGGACGGUUAUACCUUAGAAGAGCUCAACGUGUGGGGAAUAGUUGAUGGCGUAGAGCAGGUCGUCAUACAUAACGCAUUUUGUUACGUCGGUCGCAACGACAAUCCUUCAUUUAUUGGCUCUGAGCCCAUAGACAAACUUGCCAAGCAUAUAUGGCGUUCUGUGGGCCCAUCUGGACGGAACAAAGACUAUCUGUACGACCUAGCCGCUGCCGUGAAGAGGCUUGCACCAGAAUCGCACGACUCUCAUUUAUCCGCUCUAGAGACCCGAUGUCGCGAACUAGACGCAGAGAGAAAUGAUUGGGAUGAGAAGCAGCCAUAA